UCAUAUUCUUCUGAGGACACACCACAAGAAGUCAACAACUGCUGUGCGCAUAGCCAUUACAAAGAAGUGGGUUAAGAAAAUGUCGAAUGCGUUUUUCUUCAAAGCUCUUGUUGUCUUCUUCGCCCGUCUCCUCCUCAAAUAUUUCAAAAACCCAAAAACCUUACACAGAAGCUACAGCACCACAACCCAAUCCAAAUUUCACAAGUACCCUUCUCUUGCUCAUAGACAAGAAGACCUGUUGGACCACACUUUGAUCUUCAGCGUCGAAGGAUCUCUCUUGAAAUCCCAAUCUCUUUUUCCUUACUUCCUGUUAGUAGCCUUUGAAGCUGGAAGCAUCUUAAGGGCACUUAUUCUCUUCAUUUUGUACCCAUUUAUUUGUGUUGUUGGCCAUGAGAUGGGUUUGAAAAUCAUGGUCAUGGUUUGCUUUCUUGGGAUCAAAGAACAGAGCUUUAGAGCGGGAACAGCUGUUUUACCCAAGUUCUUUUUGGAGGAUGUUGGUUUGGAAAGCUUUGAGGUGGUAAGAAGAGGUGGGAAGAAAGUUGGGGUCACCGAUUUGCCUCGGGUAAUGGUUGAUAGUUUUUUGAGGGAUUACAUGGAGAUUGACUUUGUAGUUGGCAGGGAACUGAAGGUGUGCUCUGGCUACUUUGUGGGGUUGAUGGAAGAGAAGAAGAAGAAGAUUGUUCUAGAUGAGGUGCUUGAAGACGACAAGACAGCAUCUAAAAUCAUUGGAAUUAGUAGCUUCAACAUAUCUCUUGAUCAUCAAUUGUUCUCUCUCUGCAAGGAGAUUUACUUGGUGAGUGGGGCGGACAGGAGGAACUGGCAUCAUCUUCCCACAGAGAAAUACCCCAAGCCCCUUAUCUUCCAUGAUGGCAGAUUGGCAUUCAGACCGACCCCACUGGCCACUCUUGCCAUGUUCAUGUGGGUCCCAUUUGGAUUUUCCCUAGCCCUCUUCAGGGCCAUUAUUGGCUUAACAUUGCCCUACAACAUGCUCAUUCCAAUCUUAGCCUUCACCGGCCUCCGGCUCCAGGUUAAAAAUCCCUAUUUCUUACAGUACUCUGUUUCUAAACCCAAAGGCCUUCUAUAUGUAUGCAACCACAGGACCUUGUUGGACCCACUGUACUUCUCUUUCGGUCUAAAGAAGCCCGUCACGGCCGCGACAUACAGCCUGAGUAGAGUAUCGGAGAUCAUAGCGCCCAUCAAGACUGUCCGAUUAACAAGGGACAGGAAUCGAGAUGCUGAGAUGAUGGAGAGGUUGUUGAACCAAGGGGACAUGAUUGUUUGCCCCGAAGGGACCACUUGUAGGGAGCCAUUUUUGUUACGGUUCAGCCCGUUGUUUGCAGAAUUGAGCGACGAUAUAGUCCCCGUGGCGAUGGACGUGAAGGUGAGCUUGUUUUACGGGACAACUGCGAGCGGGUUCAAGUGUUUGGACCCCAUUUUCUUCCUCAUGAACCCUUUCCCUAGUUACACCAUUCAGUUCCUCGAUAAGGUCAGUGGUGCAAAUAGUGAGAAAUCGAGGAUUGAUGUGGCUAAUUACGUACAGAGUGAGAUUGGGAAGGCUCUGGGGUUUGAAUGCACUGGGCUUACUAGGAAGGACAAGUACUUGAUCUUGGCAGGGAAUGACGGGGUAGCUUACAGUACUGUUAAAAGAUGCUAGAACUACGUACGUUACGUGCGUACCUUAACAUACGUUGUAGUAAUAUGGCUUUUUUACUACUGUAUAUGUAUUUCCAUCCAAAUCCAAAUGGGGUAAACUUGUUGUGCAUUAGCCUGUUUUGGACUUAGAUCAUUCUAUUAAUUGAUUGCGUGUUUUGCCGGGAUUGUCCGCUCAAUUUUACAUUACAGUGUUCAUAUUUGAGAGAGUAUGCAGUGAAGAUCUCAUUUACUUUUU